CGAUCUCACGAUGGUGGAAUACUACAUCCGGGAAUCGAUACAGUUCGUAGUGUCGUACGCGCUGUGUCUGUUCUACAGUUUGCGCGUACUUUUCGGCAUUCUGGUGCUGUUUGUGACGAAGCCGCACACGAAGUUUUGGGUGCAAAAGGAACGUCCGGUAGCACCGGAUUGUUUGAAGAACCACCAGUACGGUGUGGAUAAGUAUCAGAAUGCGAAUGGCAUCCGGAUACAUUACGUCGAGAAUGGGGAUCGUUCGAAACCGCUCAUGCUGUUCGUGCAUGGAUUUCCCGAAUUUUGGUACUCGUGGCGCCAUCAGUUGAAGGAGUUCUCCAAAGAUUAUUGGGUAGUGGCGUUGGAUAUGCGUGGUUACGGUGAUACCGAAAAACCCGAGUACCGGUAUGCCUACCGAAUCGACAACAUGACAGAGGACAUACGGUGUCUGGUGCGAGCAUUAGGGCGCCAAAAGUUUACUCUCGUUGCACACGACUGGGGUGCAGUGAUUGGAUGGCACUUUAUCACGAAACACAUGGACAUGAUCGAGCGAUACAUCAUGAUGGAUGGUCCAUCGCAGAAGGUAGUGCGAAAGCUUUUCUCCACCAACAAAGAACAGCUAAAAAUGUCUUGGUACGUCUUCUUCUACCAAAUGCCCUGGCUGCCAGAGUUCUUCGUACGCAUGAUGGACUUCCACAUCUUUAAGGUGAUCUUCAAGGACCACGGAGGGCCCGAAGUGGUCGAAGCGUUCAAGUACACCUUCUCCAAGCCAAACGGUAUGACGUACCCGAUCAACUACUACCGUGAGAAUUUCCGGUUCUUCACGCGGAAACUAACACCACCGAAGCCGAAAACGUAUGCGCCGGGUCUGUAUCUGUUGGGGGAGAAUGAUCUCUACAUUUCCAAAGAAACGGGCCCACUGAUGCAGCAAGAGUUUGAAAAUCUGGAGUUCCGAAUUGUGCCCGGUGUGGAUCACUUCCUGCAGCAGCACAAACCGGAAGUGGUAAACCAGUACAUGCGAGAGUUCCUGUCCAAGAAUUAAGAGUGUA